UUUUUAUUUCUAUUUCGUCUUGAUUUUACUCAUAUUAAUUAUUAUUCAGAAAUCAAUCAAAGAAGAGCCUGAAAAUCUUGUGUAAAAUAAAAACUUUAUAAGGUACAGUGCGCACAGUACAGUGUAAAGUUGUGAGAUGGAAAUGAAAAUGGACCAAGAUUUUUCAACAAUUAAUAAGCUUCCUGACGAAAUACUCUUGAUGAUUUUUGAUAAUAUCUCUGGCCAUCUAUUAAAUAUAAGUGUUUCGAAGGUGUGUCGAAGGUGGAAACAUCUAAUAUCGCAUUUAGUGCUGCAUUUAAUGGAUCCCGGCGACGAGGUGAAGAUAAAACCAAGUCUGAGAGCUUUGCUCGUGACAAGCUUCAUUCCAACUUGGCCAGACCCAUUGGCCCUCAUUUCUCAAAUAGCUGCUACAAUUCCAAAUUUGAGAGAACUGACCAUUUCUGCUCAUUAUGUCUUGGGUAAGACUGAACUCAAAAUUGUUGAAACCAUGCACAAUUUGCGCCACCUGGAUAUAGUCACGGAAAAUAAUAGACUUGAUGGGAACACGCCUAUUCCUUGUAACAUUACCUCAUUAGUCGUGAAUGACAACAUGGUUCCAGGGUUCCUGCGUAAAAUGAAAACACAAAAAGUCAUAAAGGCAUUUCAUAUGUACGGUAGAUCUUUGCACUAUGCGAGUAAUGAAAUGGAUAGAUUUUUGAAACAUCAUUCAAUUUAUUUGACUGAGCUUACUCUGAGGUGUUCUGAGUUGGAAGAUAGAAGGUAUGAGACAAUAUCACAGUGUAAACGCCUGACCUCCUUGCAAUUAUAUUCUUGCGUUCAACUAACUUUUAAAGGAGCAUCCCACUUGACAACCUUAACGGAACUUCGACGUCUGCAUAUUACUGGGAUGAGAAUGGUACGCGUCGAUUCGUUACUAGAUUUCAUCCAGAAUUUGCCAUGUCACAUAGUGGAGCUAAACCUCAGCUACUCUUGGUUCGAAGACAAGCAUUGCAGCGCUUUAGCUGAUAGAUUACCAUAUCUACGUUAUUUGGAACUGUGGCGUUCAAGAGUCUCAAGCAAUGGCCUCGCUCAGCUGAUAAAACUGCUGACAUCGCUUGAAGAUAUUGAUACAGAUGUGAUUUUCAAUGAUAGACAUAUUAAAUCCUUUAUUGGGCAUCAGUCUUUGCAGAAUAUUCGCUGCAGAUGGAUCAGGAUCGAUCGGAUUCAUACGCCAUUGUACAUAAAAUCUGCGCCAUUUUACAUAAAAUCUGCUGUGGAAAAGGUUCCUGCUCAAUAUCUACGCGUAGAUGAAGAGGGCCCCCGCGCGGGACAUUUCUAUUAUUGGCUGCAAGACUUUUCAAUUCGGACCCCGCCCAAUUUACCUCUCGUUCCUGUUGGACAAGGCCUGUUUAGGCAUAGGAUCAUCAGAGUGUGAUUUGUUUGAUGCACUUUUCUAAAUUUUGGCUUGUCUAAGACAAGCCAGGCCCCCAAAGUUGAAAUUUAUUUUGAUUUUGGGGGUCCGAGGCCCUAGUGUAAUUUUUCAAGUUAACGUUAACUGCGCAUAAGCCUGUCAUUUUAUAUGAACGCGAAGGGGACAGAAAUAAUUUGCUCCCUUUUCCGUGCUUACUAAACGACAACUUCACGUACAGUUUAGUUAACUGAAAAAGUCACACUAAGAGGCCUUUAUGCUUUUAUAUUCUUUGUUACAUUUUUUUAUAUUAUUGUUUAAGUUUCUUAGAUUUUUUUUAAUAUUUUAAGGGGCUUUUAAGGCCAGCCCCAUCGUUACAAACUAAAUUAAA